UUCUUCGGCAUUGAUUUGCUGAUGAUGGUUUUGGUCACUUUUGAAUGCCAUUAUGGUGUUCCAUAUAAAUAUCAUAGUGAUUUUGAAAAUCAUUAUCAUUCGUCUUUAAACUUUGUGGUGAUAUAGAAACAGACAAGAUUGUUACCAAAAUGAAAUUCACAUUGAUUGUUGCUCUUGCCUUAAUUGGAUGCGUUGUAGCCGAUGUCUCACACUUGGGACGUCGUCCAGUGCUUGAUUCAGCCACCCAAGGGCCAAACCCACAAGACAUUGCCACCCCCGAACCCGAAUACAUUGAUAUCGAUCUUCCAGAGCCACCACGACCAGCUCCAGUGCGUGCUGCCGUUGCUCCUCGUGCUCAAGCCCCUGUCUUCAACACCAUUCCAGCCCAUCAUGAACCCGCACCAGCUCAUGUCUACUCACCAACCAGUGGAUACCGUUACAAGCGUCCAGUCUCUUACUACAGACGCACUCAUCGCCUCCGUUACUAAACAAUCUGCCAUAAUGUCUAUUCAAUCGUUGUCAUCAGUUUUCAGUUAAACGUCAUUAACUGCUUUUUGGUUGCGCAAGCUUUUCCAUGUGAUAAAAUUAUGAUGGGAUUAAUGCGAUGACCUCUUAUCAUAAUUGAAAACAUUUAAACAAAGUCUAAUAAAUUAUUUAUAAAUCUCAA